AAGUAUUUAAAGAGCUUCACACAGAGGUUCUGGCCCCAUGCACAAUGGCUCUGAAGACACUGUUGCACAUUUUGGCCCUUGGGAACCUUCUUUUUGCAGAAUCUGGUGCGCAGCAAAAUGUUUGUGGCAUCGCUCCUUAUAACCCGAAAAUAGUUGGAGGUGUAGAUGCUUCACCCACAAGUUGGCCCUGGCAGGUCAGUCUGGAGCUUUCUGGUAUGCACUGGUGUGGGGGCUCCCUAAUCAACAAAAAGUGGGUGCUGUCUGCUGCUCACUGCGUCACUUGGACAACACCAUCCAUGUGGGAGGUUUCUCUAGGGCGGCAGAAGCUGAAGUGCGGAAACACAAGAACCGAAGCCUCCAGAAAGAUCAUUAAAAUCAUUGUACACCCCAAGUUCAAUAACAGUACCUUUGAAAAUGACAUUGCACUGUUCAGACUGUCUUCAUCAGUAAAGUUCACAAACUACAUCAGACCUGUGUGUCUGGCAGCGAGUGGCAGCGAGUUCAGUAACGGCACCGCUAGCUGGGUCACCGGCUGGGGAAAUGUAGCAGAGGGAGUGCCUCUAGCCUCUCCGCAAACCCUUCAGGAAGUUAAGGUACCAGUUAUAGGAAACAGACAGUGCAACUGUUUACUUUCAGCUCAUAGCAUCACGGACAACAUGAUCUGUGCUGGUGUUCUUCCAGGAGGCAAAGAUUCUUGUCAGGGAGACUCAGGAGGUCCGAUGGUGAGUAAGCAAGGCUCACGCUGGAUCCAGUCUGGAGUUGUUAGUUUUGGCGAUGGCUGUGCUCGGCCCAGGCUGCCUGGAGUAUAUGCCAGAGUUUCUCGUUACCAGUCUUGGAUAGACUCCCACAUCAGAUUUAAUAAACCAGGCUUUGUCCAAUUCAUCUCCAGCGGAGUGGAUCCUGACAGAACCUUCACCUGUCGAAGCCAGGAAUCUUUUUCCAAAUAACAAGAACCAAGGCCUUCAAGCUUCAGUUGCCGGAAAUGUUUUUUCCACCCGAAGCCCUUUGAAAAUUUCGCCAAGGCGAUAAAAUGUUUUUAACUUAAUAUUAAAGAAAAUCUGUUUUUCAAAUGUUGCUUUAAUAAAAACUC